CAAAAAAGGUUUGAGAGGAAUCAAAUUCUACUAAGAUCCAACCUGGCCCUCUCUAUUCUCCUCCUUGGUCCAACACUGCCUAAGAUCUAUACAUCUGUAUGUAUGAAUGCUGAGACCAACAGCCAAACAAAACAAGAUCCCUCCUCUUCCUUCCCCCUCCACUUCUGAGAUUUCUCAUUAUUCAUUAAUCCAAUCCAACCUCACUCGAAUCUGCAGCUCUCUUUACAUACGAACAAUUCAAGAACACAGCAGUAGGGGGGGAAAAGGGGGAAAAUAUCCUGCGUCCGGUUUCCGAGAAUUGUCAAUUCCCCCUGUAGUAUACAGAAUUGCUUCACGAUUGGCCCUGAAGACGAAAAGGAAUCUGGGUUCUGAUUUUCACUUAAUGUUUCGGUGAAAAUUCAAGAAAAGUUUGAUUCUUUUCGGAAGAUUUUGACCGGAAGAGGAAAGGUGAAGGAAAGUCAUGUUCUAUGGUGCGGUGGUGUGGGAUCCAUGGCUGAUAGUGGCGCAAAUCGUGUGCCUUCAAUGUCUUUACUACCUGACACUAGGGGUGUUCUUGUCGAUUCUGGUUGGGACUCGGGUCUCAAAGAUGAGCCUUGUGUAUUUCUUUGAUUAUGCUACUGUUACUGCGUCUACGGUCACUGGCUGGUGUGUGAUAGCUUCCAUUUUUCUCAGCUCUGUUGCAGGAGCUGGCUUUUUAGUCUAUUUAGUGGAAAGGGCAAAGAAAUGCCUGGACUUUUGUGCAACCCUUUAUAUCAUCCACCUUUUCAUUUGCAUCAUUUAUGGAGGUUGGCCCUCAUCAAUAACGUGGUGGGUUGUGAACAUUACAAGCCUAGCAGUGACGGCAUUGUUAGGUGAAUAUCUCUGCAUGAGACGAGAAUUGCGAGAAAUUCCUAUCUCAAGAUAUCGAUCAAAUGUCGCAAAAAGUCUAGAGAAAGUCAAAGAUGAAUAUUAUUACGUUAUCAACCUGAGAUGCUUGACAAACGAGAAUCACAGCCUCUAUCAUUCUUGAAUUCAGACAUAUCAAGGGACCUGGUGGUUGUGUUAGAGACGUCAUACGUUUCUCAGAUUCUAUUUUCUUUUUCUUUUUGUCAAUUGAAAUUCAUGAAAAGAAUUCUCAGCAGGACUUGUCAAUGUCAUUGCAUAGUACAGUAGAUUAAUGCAUCAAAGAUCAUUGGAAAGGCUGAAUUAUGUAGAGUAAUGAAUUUCAAGUAGCAGCACUUUCUUGGUGGUAGUUUCCUUUGCUUUGGUUGCAUAUUUCUGACAAGCAAAUUAAUACUCGUAGUACUCUAUAAACUAAGAAUUUAGACUA